ACGCGCUGCGGAUAGCUGCCUGCCCGAUGGCGAUGGAUAUUUUCGUUAUUUUUAGCUCUUUUCGCUCACAAUUUUCCGAGCAGCGGUCCUGAACGGUCCGGUUCCCGUAGUUUGCAAGCCGAUCGCGAGAAAAUUUUCCACCCAUAUUUUCCCUUAAAUGGGCUUAGCUAUGUGAUUCAUCCGUCCCCAGUCCAAUCAGCUGAGACGCGACUGCGAAAUUGCGUUGAUUGGUGCACAGAUAAACCCUCCAGAACCCGCAAGGACAACCGACGACAAUGUGGGGAAGAUAUUUGAAAACGGAGUGAAAAUACGUGCUUCGAAACCAGAAGAAGAAAAACGGAAAAUCAGUGAAAUGUGAUACUGGUGUCGAAUGUGUCUGUGUGCAAAUUUGAAUUUAUUUUAAACCAUAAAUCGGUGACUGAGCGUUUGUAGCCGGUGACAUCAGUUAAGGGUGACGACACUCGUGUGUCGAAUCGACAAUGGAUCCCAAAUCAGAUGUUCCUGUAGUGGCCCGUAGGCGCAGGAAGGCGGCUCGGCAGCUUCGUGAGUCUACGCCGGACCCAUCGCAGAGGGGUGCAGUCACGGAUGGAAGCCAAAGUCAAGCAUCAGACGAUCAAAGCGGAUCGGAUUGCAGAAGCACCGGUCGGAGUACAGUGGACUCCAGUCCCCGUGGGUCGGUCAACAGUAAGAAAAGUUUUAUCGAACGAGCAAUGGAAUACGGUAGCCACCGAAACAAGAUCCUCGCCAGGAAGGACAAAAAGUUAACGGUAAUGUCGCCGAGAAGCCGAUCGGUACCACGAGACAGCGAGGACGUUCCCAGCAGUCCGGAGAUUUUUUCGUUGCUUCGGCGUGCCAAAAAGAGCUUGUCUGCGUCGCGUAAACCAAAAACGGACGAUUCCAGCGAUGGUGGAAAGGUAUCGGAUACCGAAGUUCGCAAAAGGCGCGAACGAAUCGAACGGUAUCAAUCCGAACGCAGCAAGGACGGUGACCCAAAAUCUUCCCAGUUGCAAAAUAAUUUGUCUCGCUUCAACGAGGAACGUCGUAAAUUUGAGCUGGAAAAACUCAAAUUUUUACAGGAGAAACGAGAACUAGACCGAAUGAGAUUGAGGCGGUUUGAAAAGUAUCGCGAGGAGCUUUUGGAGGAACAAAGACAAAAGCUCCAUAUAGAGCUACGGAACCGCGAGCGCGAUGAACGCUCUAAGAGUAUCGAAGCUCCAGUUCUGCCUCCAGCACCACCGACGAGAUCAAAAACACCGGUGUCACCAGGGGCGGCCAGAAAGAAAAUUUUAAUUAUUCCAAAGACAUCGAGUCCAUCAGCUUCGAGUAGUGAAGAAGAAGGAAACAACACAAGCGAUGAGGAACAUACAGCAACUAUCAGGAGACGAUUUUCGCCGAGGAAGCCCAAGCGGCCUAGGUCUACGAAAAUUGAUCACCUGAAAUUGUCCAAAACUCCAGAGCCGGCGACGUCUCCCGAACCGGAAUCAGAGCUUCCGUCAGACUUUCCUCCAGAGCCGGAUCCUGCAGAAGCGGAACCGGCUGUUACAGCCGAAUCAGUACCAAUGGUUGAUGCCGAACCAGAACCAAUAGCAAGCCCAGAACAAAAACAUGAGGAAGAAAUGGUACUUACACAAAGGAAAGUAACGAAAUCUUCAGAAGAUGGAGACAAAGAGGAUUCAUUGGAUAAAAAGGUCGAAGAAGACAAAAACGAAAAGUCUGAAGCAAUCGAUGAAAAGAAAGAAGAAAUGGCUGUGGAUGAUAAGAAGGUGGAGGGACCUAAAGAGAAAAAACGAAGACGAGCAUUGCUCAUUUACGAGGAGAAGAAGGACGACUUGUUCACCUGGAACGAAAUAUUAGGCGAGAUGAAAGACUUCUGGUUAGACUUUCUAGAUGAUAAUCCCUUGGAAAUUCGAAGGAUGAGGUUGCAAGUCAAUGAAUGUGUUUUCUAUUUUGGUGUGAUGGUGCUGCUGUGUGGCGUUGGUGGUAUUAUAUUCAGAGUCACCGAGGGCACUUUCGAAUCACAAUACAAAUGCGGGGUAAAAAGAGUUAAGAGGGAUUUCAUCGAUCAGCUGUGGAUAUCCAGUCACAGUCAAAGGGAGGAAGACUGGAAGCAGACAGCUAGAGCAAGAUUGAGGAAAUUUGAAGAAGAACUACAGGUUGCAUUCGAAGCUGGAAUGAAAACCUACAGCGGCAAUACAGCAUGGAACUUUAUCAACGGCGUGAUCUAUUCGCUGACUGUGGUGUCAACAAUUGGAUAUGGCCACAUAUCACCAUCUACAACGACGGGUCGAGCGUUGACUAUAAUAUAUGCUAUUAUCGGUAUUCCCAUAUUCCUCAUAGUUCUUGCUGAUUUUGGCAAAUUGUUUACUAGAGGUAUCAAAUUCCUAUGGGCAUACGUUCGUCGAUUAUAUUACACCGGGUCCAUCCGUAAAGUGCGAAAAACAGCUCAAGUUAAAGAGGUAAUGAAAGGUCUCAACGUAAUGUAUGAUAUGGUUAGACGUCCCAGCGGAGACCACGAACUGCAACCAACCAACAUCCAAGCAACAGAACAGCCACAACCUUCAACCUCAGCAGAUGUACCCCCAAUAUGCGAAUCACCAGCAACUCCAGUUCCAGAAACUUUUGAAAUCGACGACGAGUUCAAUUUGCCCAUCUCGAUUGCAAUUUUUAUCCUCGUCGCUUACAUGCUGUUUGGUGCAACCAUCUACUACACGUGGGAAAAUUGGUCUUUCUUCGAGGCUUUUUAUUUUGUGUUCAUUUCGAUCUCAACCAUCGGUUUCGGAGACUUCGUUCCGCAGCAUCCCAUCUACAUGAUGUGCAGCAUACUUUACCUUAUCUUCGGCCUAGCCUUGACUUCCAUGUGUAUCAAUGUUGUCCAGCUCAAACUAAGCGACAGCUUCCGGCAGGCUAGCGCCAAAAUUGGUGCAACCAUCGGUUUGCAAAUGGCGGAAGCCGCUUCCCUGCAACAAUCUCAGACACAAUCGCAUGUUCAUACCCCACUGGAAUUGACCACGGUGCACACGAGCACUCCAACAAGUGAUAACGGAAGCCAGCAGCAGCCAGUGCCCCCGACCAACGUAAAUGGAGAUGCAACCAUGACUCCAGUGCUUCCGGAUCGACCGAAUAAAGUUAGCAAAAGCAUAGCAAAAGAUGACAAAAAAGAGUAAUUGAAUACAAAUCGAAAUAAUUUUGAACACUGACUGAUUAACGAAUGAGAGUUGUGUGGAACGAAAGUUUUAACGAUUAAACCGGUAUUUGUAAUCGAUGUUGAUGAAUCUUUCCUAGAGUAAGCGAAUAUGCCAUGCACAAUCGCCAUGUUAUCUGAUAAGCGCCUUGCGAACAUGAAUAUUACUAUAUUUAUAUACAAUCUAUAGCUUUAAGGAAGAAUGCACCAAAAAUACAUAUGAAUCAUAUAUUUGAACUCUUCGCCUUAGAUAGGAUACGGAAAAUAACGGUUUCUCGAUUGAAUUGCGAUUUAUGCGAACGUGUGUUUGAUAGCAUUUUUGUUUUAUGACAUAGAACGGCAGCGUACUAAACAGGAGAUUAUGCAGUGAAAGAUAAUUGAAUUGCUUGAACUUCAAUUGUUGAACAAAAUUGUUGAUUUCGGCAUUGCUGAAUAAAAAUGUAACAAAAAUA